GAUACAAAGUAUUGAAUGCUAGUGUCAUCCCUGAGGGACAGUUCAUUGACAACAAGAAAGCUUCAGAGAAGCUGCUGGGCUCCAUUGAUGUGGACCACACUCAGUACAAGUUUGGACACACAAAGGUGUUCUUCAAAGCUGGUCUGCUGGGUACCCUGGAGGAGAUGAGAGAUGACAAACUGGCUACAUUGGUGACAAUGACUCAGGCUCUCUGCAGAGCAUACCUCAUGAGGAAGGAGUUUGUUAAGAUGAUGGAGAGGAGAGAAUCUAUCUUUACAAUCCAGUACAAUAUUCGUUCAUUCAUGAAUGUGAAGAACUGGCCAUGGAUGAACCUGUACUUCAAAAUCAAGCCUCUCCUGAAGAGUGCUGAGACUGAGAAGGAGCUGGCUCAGAUGAAGGAGAACUAUGAUAAGAUGCAAACAGACCUGGCUACAGCCCUGGCCAAGAAGAAGGAACUGGAGGAGAAGAUGGUCUCCCUGCUGCAGGAGAAGAAUGACCUGCAACUGCAAGUGGCUUCUGAAGGUGAGAACCUCUCAGAUGCUGAGGAAAGGUGUGAGGGGCUCAUUAAGAGCAAAAUCCAGCUCGAGGCCAAACUCAAAGAGACAGCUGAGAGACUGGAGGACGAAGAGGAAAUCAAUGCCGAGUUGACUGCCAAGAAGAGGAAGCUGGAGGAUGAAUGCUCUGAGCUGAAGAAAGACAUUGAUGACUUGGAGCUCACCUUGGCUAAAGUGGAGAAGGAGAAACAUGCAACAGAAAACAAGGUGAAAAACCUGACAGAGGAGAUGGCAUCUCAAGAUGAGGCCAUUGCCAAGUUGACCAAGGAGAAGAAAGCCCUCCAAGAGGCCCACCAGCAAACACUUGAUGAUCUCCAGGCAGAGGAAGACAAAGUCAACACUCUGACCAAGGCCAAGACAAAGCUGGAACAGCAAGUCGAUGAUCUUGAGGGAUCAUUGGAGCAAGAGAAGAAGCUCCGCAUGGACCUUGAGAGAGCCAAGAGGAAGCUUGAAGGAGAUCUGAAACUGGCUCAAGAAUCCAUAAUGGAUCUGGAGAAUGACAAGCAGCAAUCUGAUGAGAAAAUCAAGAAGAAGGACUUUGAGACCAGCCAGCUCCUCAGCAAAAUUGAGGAUGAACAAUCUCUUGGUGCUCAGCUUCAGAAGAAGAUCAAGGAACUCCAGGCUCGUAUUGAGGAGCUGGAGGAAGAGAUUGAGGCUGAGAGGGCUGCUCGAGCUAAGGUAGAGAAGCAGAGGGCUGAUCUCUCCAGGGAGCUUGAGGAGAUCAGUGAGAGGCUCGAGGAAGCUGGCGGAGCAACAGCCGCUCAGAUUGAGAUGAACAAGAAGCGUGAGGCUGAGUUCCAGAAGCUGCGUCGUGAUCUUGAAGAGUCCACCCUGCAGCAUGAAGCCACUGCAGCAGCUCUCCGCAAGAAGCAGGCUGACAGUGUUGCAGAGCUGGGAGAGCAGAUCGACAACCUCCAGCGUGUUAAGCAGAAGCUGGAGAAGGAAAAGAGCGAGUACAAGAUGGAGAUAGAUGACCUCUCCAGCAACAUG